CAUUGGACAUGGCAAACAGGGUUUUAAAACAAUUAGGUAAACAACAUGCUAUGGAACAUAUGGCAAACAAAAAAUAUGUUAUGCCUAGCAAACGGAUAAUACAAAAUUAUAGGAACUAUUAUCAUAGUGAUCCUGUUUUUACAUUGCUCAAAAAUAGUGACAAUAAUGAUAUAUCACUGGGUUUUGCAAAGAUUUUGGAACAUAUGAAAAAUGAGCAAUAUGAUGAUAUAAUACCACUAUGUACUGAAGCACUCGAAAAUAGUGAAUCAGAUAUAUUACCACACAAAACAGAAGUGUUACUUUUAAGGGCCACAUUUUAUCUGUUGCUAUUACGAUUCGAAAGCGCCAGAGAAGAUUUUGUUGCUAUUAUAGAAGACGAGAACGUUCCAAAAAAUAUAAAAGUGAAUGCCUUAGUAAAACGAGCUACUUUGUACAUGCAUUUAGAAGAUCUAGACAAAUGUUUUGCAGAUUUUGAAUCAGCCAUAAAACUUGAUUCUGACUAUGGUGAUAUUUAUUUGCAUAAAGCACAG